GCAUCCAACGGCUUUUUAAAUAUUAUUUGCAUGCUUCCUGAGCUAAUAAACAGUUCAUAAUUUUAGGUGGGUAGACAUGAUCAAGUAUACACGUUACAAAUGCAUGCAUAUCCUAAUACAGUCAAUAGAUAUUAAAACAGGGCCAUGCAUAUAUAUUUUUUAAAAUGUCAACCUCCACAAACGUCUCCACCACUGUUGUGUCGUGAAACAGGAAAAUCCUGCUGACAAAUUAACUUAAGGGUAAAACACAAAGUUAGUUUCACCUGGAAUUCGCUGAAUGGCUUUUUUUUUACAGCCUACUAUUCUUCCCACCGAUCAGCCUACGGUGGCUGCAUUAGUGUUUCGUAAACACACAGCAAGGUGUGGUUUCUGUCCGAAUCCAAAACUCUGUCGCUUCCGCCUAUUCACAGCAGUCAGACCAUUAUCUGCGCAACUAGAGACUUGGAGGAGGGAGGAAAAACACGCAGGGUCUGUCUGCUGUCUGGACAGCACAGCUCCACAACUUUUCCUGCUUAAAAACAAACAAACAAAACAAAAAACAUACAACUUUAAACAGAAGAAACAACAUGAGUUUCUGCGGCUCCACUUCUAAACUGGCCACCAUGGGCACCAGGAGCAACUCACGACCGGAUUUGGCGAGCGCAUGCUACGGGAACGAAGUGUACCGUAGUGGGAACGGUUUCCAGCCAGAUUACCCGGUCGGUGACGGCGGCGGCGGCGGCGGCGGCGGCGGAUACACCUACACCACCUUCUCCCGGACCUCCAUGCACGGCGGGGGCCACGGAGGACACAAGGGCCAAAUGAGCAUGGGCGCAGGAGGAGGUGGCAUAAUAACUGUUCAGGCUAUUCAGCAGCGAGCGAUCCUUCUGACCAACCAGUGUCACGAAUUCCUGCAGAGAGCAAAGAUGAUGCUCCAGAGUGGGGCGCCACCUGUGGAUGUGGAAAAAUAUAUUAUGAUGUCUGCAGAAACAAUGGAGCAGCUGAAGGUUUGCGGCGCAGAGUUGCAGCAAAUGCGCAUUCCCAAUGACGUCUUCAAAAGCGUCGACCAGUUCCAUAACAUGCAAGUUGGCCUCCAACAGCAGCUCAGUAUGAUCCAGAGACGGAACAGGGGCAGCGUGGGCUCCCUAGACGGAGGAAGAGCUUUUAAUGAUGCCAUGGGUUGGAUUGCACAACAAAAGCGUAUGAUUGAGACAGCGCCAUGGGGAGAUGACUCUGCCACCUUAGAAAAGCAAAUCCUAAACCACAACAAAUUUCACAGUUCUAUUCAAAGGAGCCAUGAAGUUGAACGUGCCAAAGAAGAACUGAGAGGUGACAAGUACAACAGCUCUGUACUGGAACAAGAAUGGGAUACCCUGCAGAAAAUGUCUCACAGCCGCUUGAUUCAGCUGCGUGAGCUACAGAACAUCAUCGAGGAGAUCUCCCGAGCCAUCAUGUGGGUGAACGAGAGGGAGGAGGAGGAACUUGUGUUUGAUUGGGGAGACAAAAACAUUGACAAUUACAUUCCCAGGAAACAGGAGAGCUAUUCGAGGCUGAUGAGCGACUUAGAGGAGAAGGAGAAGGAGCUGAACAAGCUGAAGGUGAAAGCAGACGGACUCCUAAACAGCCAACAUCCAGCAUCAGACAAGAUUGAAGCCUACAUGGACACUCUGCAGACUCAGUGGAGUUGGCUUCUUCAGAUUACCAAGUGUAUUCAGGUUCAUUUGAAAGAGAACGCUGCCUACAGCCAGUUUUUCAAGGAGGCCAACGAAACCUAUUCCAAGCUGCAGAAACAACACGAGACCAUUCGAACCAAGUUCCCCUGCGAUAAGAACACCCAACUUGAAAACCUCCUUGAGCUCCUGAAAAACCUGGAGAGGGAGAAAGAGCGGAUUAUGGAGAAUAAGAGGCAAGUCCAGAGUCUGGCCAGCAAGUCCAAGUCUAUUGUCAGGCUGAAACCCCGGAAUCCAGAGGAGAAGAGCACCAGCCAAGUCAUAAUCCAGGCCUUAUGUGACUUUAAACAAGACCAGAUUGGAAUUUUAAAGGGAAAUGAAGGCAUCCUGAAGGACAACACGCAGCGAAGCAAGUGGCUGGUGACAGGACCUGGAGGUCUGGACAUGCUGAUUCCAUCUGUGUGUCUGCUCAUACCUCCACCAAACCCACACAGCAUUGGUCUUGCCAACAAAAAUGAGCAGUAUUAUGAUGCUAUCAUGGGCAUCUGGAAUCAGCUGUACAUCAACAUUAAGAGUCUCAUUGCCUGGCAGUAUUGCCUGAAGGACAUGAAUUACAUCAACUCUCUCACCGUCAGCAUGCUGUCUAACAUGCGUCCUGAGGAGUACCGUAGCAUCGUUAAAAGACUGGAGACCCACUACGAAGAGUUCCUUCGUGCCAGUCAAUCAUCUGAGAUGUUUGGAGAGGAGGACAAGAAAACAAUCCAGGGUCACUUUGAUAGAACCCAGAACCACUAUGACACACUGAUCAUCCAGCUGCCUGGUCAUGAGGUGAAGACUGAACCCACAAAACAGCCUCCACAACCCAAAGUCCCCAAAAUCAGUUUGACUUUGCUCAGUAGUCUGCAAGAAAUCCGCCACAGGCUGGAGCUGGCUGAGUCAGGCCUCACCAGCCACCUUCACAUUCCCCUGGGGGAGAACAGUGUGCAUGAGUGCUCUGUGAACAUCCAAAAGCUCCAGCAUGUGCACCAAGAUUUGGAUGCCAUUCAUGACGAGUACCUGCAUCUGAGAGAAAGAAUUAUGAAACAACUGGAUGGGGUAUCUCCUGAUUCUGAGCAAGCCAGGUUUCUACGAUCCGAACAAGAAAUCAUCAAUCGGAAACUCGGGAGCCUGCAGGGUCUUUACUCCGCCUACACCCAAAGGUUGACAGCACUUCAGGCUUUGCUCCAGAGCCUUCUCCAAGCUGAGGAUAUUGUAAAAGUCCAUGAGGCCAGGCUCACAGAGAAGGAGACUACAUCUCUGGACCUUCGAGAGGUGGAAAACUACCGUAGUGUCCUUAAGCAAAUGAAAAGUGAUCUGGAACACAAACGAGACCUGCUCACAUCUAUGGAGUCCAACCUGGCUAAAGCCACACAGUGGAAUGAUCAAAUUCCCGGCACCUUUUACAAGUGCGACGUUGAGUUGUCCAAGUACUCUGACCUGGUGGGUCAGUUGUCUGACCGCUGGCGCCGCAUCCAAGCCCAGAUUGAUAGCAGAAUGUGGGACCUGGAGAAGCAGGAACAACAACUGAAACAUUAUCAGCAGAGCAGCACUUCCCUGGAGCAGUGGAUAGACAAUGCUAGGAAACGACAGGACAGCCUUGAAACGGUUAAGCUCACUGACAUCCAGACUCUAAUGAACCACCUCAACCAACAGAAGGGACUUCACACUGAAAUCAAAGGAAAGAAGGAGAAGGUAGAAGAUUUGCAGAGAAACGCAGACACCUGUGCUGGGUCCAUAAAGGACUAUGAGCUACAGUUGGCAUCCUACAGCUCAGGUCUGGAAACUCUGCUUAACAUCCCCAUCAAGAGGACAAUGCUGCAGUCUCCUGCCUCUGUUGUAAGACAGGAGGCCACUAACCUCCAGUCCCGCUACAUUGAGCUUCUUACCCGCUCUGGUGACUAUUACAAAUUCCUGGGUGAACUGUUGAAGAACAUGGAAGAGCUUAAGAUCAGGAACACUAAGAUCGAAAUGCUAGAGGAGGAACUGAGGCGUCUGAAGGGCGACAUCCAUGAUAAUGAUCAGAAAAACAAGUCUCUGGAGGAUGCUUUGGCCCGCUACAAACUGGAGCUCACUCAGUCAAAAGAGAUUAUCAUUUCUAUGGAGGAAAUUAAGGCAUCCACAGCAAUGAAGGCCAAUGCUGCCAGAGAUAGUCUGGACAGUACACAAACCCAGCUGCGAGAUCUCAAUGACCAGCUGACCCGCAUUAGGUAUGAACUGGAAGAGGAAAAGAGGAAAAAAAGGCUAGCGGAGGAGCGCUACGCAAGUCAGCAAGAGGAGUAUGAGGCAGCGGUUCGUCGCAGGCAGAAGGAACUGGAGGAGCUUAACUGGACCAAGAUUGACCUUGAGAAAAGUGUGAAGGACAAGGAACGUGAACUGGAGAGGAUGAAGAUACUGCUGGAAGAGGAAGCAGCACGUCGACGAAAUGCUGAAUCAGAAAUGUCAAAGGUAAGAACACAGUGCACCAAAGAGAUUAAUCAGCUUAAGCAGACAUAUGAGACAGAGAUCCACGUCACCAAGACUACAAUCCUGAAGGCCUCGCAACAAAAGGAAGAAGAUACAGCAGGGUUACGGUUGCAAAUUGACAGACUUGCAGCUGAGAAGAGAGAUGUAGAGGAGGAGCUCAGAAGGCUGAGGCUGUCAAUCUCACACACAGAAGAGCAGAAGAGCAGGGCAGAGCAAGAAGCAAACCAGCAGAGGGCCUCGGUGGCAAAAGAGACCAGGGUGCGCAGUGAGCUGGAGAUACAGCUGAGAACUGCUACACAACGCAAAGAUGAAGUUGAGAUCACAUUAAAAGAAAUCACCAAAAGCAACCAAGAAAAGUCCAGACAGAUCAGUGUGCUGACAUUUAACCUGGAAGAGGAAGGAAAAAAGAGAAGAGCUCUGGAAUUAGAAAUCAACCAUUUGAAGCAGGCCGAAGCAGAGCUGAAGGCAAAGAACGCCUCCUAUCUCGAAGCAAUUAACAAACUUAAAGUGUCUGAGCAGGAGAUUCGCAUCACCCGAGUGGAGCUGGAGAAGCAAACCACUGAAAAAACAAAAGCUGAGCAGAGUUCUGCCAGGCUCCAGAGCCGUAUCAGAGAACUGCAGUCCUCCCUGGAUGGUAUGGAGGCUGAGCUGGAGAAGCAGAAGAGGUCAGCUCAAGAGGAAUUCACACGGAGAAAGAGGAUGGAAGCUGAGCUGGAGAGGGUGACCCAAACCUGCAGAGAGCACACAACCACAAUCAGCACACUAAAAUCAGUGAAGGUGGAAGCUACCAACAUUGAACGGAAGUAUGAGCAGGACCUGAAGGUCCUACAGGACUCUCUGGAAAAGAGCCUGAGAGAGCAAAAAAUCACCAAGGAGGAUCUGGCAGCUGUGACAGCUGAGCUCAGGGCUCUGAAACAGAAACUCCUUCAGGAGCAGGCCAAAAUUCAUGAGCUUAAUCUACGUAAUGAGAGUCUAUAUAAGACCAUUGAGGAGAAGAGCCGCCAGCUCAACGAAUAUACUACUGAGAUCGAGAAGCUGAAGACUCUGACACAGAACCUGACAAAGGAGAGACUCAGGUUGGAAGAAGAACUGAGGGCAGUGAAACAAGACAGGGAUCAGCUGAAGCUUUCCAAAGACAGCGUUGAUGGGGAGACGGCCACACAGAUCUCGGCCUUGCAUGUUCAGCUUCAGACUACCACCAAGAGGACAGCAGAGCUCCAGGCUCUCAUCAGUGACCUCACCAAGGAGAGAGAAAAGCUUAAAUUGGAAAUAGAAAAAUUCCAAAAGCAAUCGAUUGAGACAUCCAUAAUAGUCCAUGAAUCCCAGAGCCAAUACACUGAAAUUCUACGGGAAAAAGACAGUCUGCUGUCCAAACUCAAACUGCUGGAACAGGACAAGAAUCGUCAUCUGCGCAUAGAAGAGGAGCUGAAUCGCAUCAAGCUCACACUGGAGACCGAGCUCCGCAACAAGCAGAGGCUGCAGGACGAGAAGAAUUCCCUCCUCAAGGAUUUCAACCACAUGAAGAGCCAGUACGAGCUGAGAGAAAGCCUAAUUAAGCAGUGCGAAUCAGACAAAGACAAGGCCCAUCGUGAGAGGCUCUCUCUGAAGAGUGAGAUUGAGAGGCUGAUGAGGGAGCUAAAGAUGGUUGAGGAGCGGUACAAGAGUAAGCUAUUGAUCUCUGAGAAGGAAGCGUCAGAGCUGGCUCUCAAGAGAGAUGCCCUGCUGAGAGAGAUACAGAGGCUGCAGCAGAAACCCAGCUCUCUGAACAGGCAGACCCAGACAGAUGAGAAGACCCCAACGGUCGAUCCAUCUAAACUAGUCUUUGAUGGGGUGCGGAAAAAAGUCACAGCCCACCAGCUGUGUGACUGUGGUAUUAUCAGCAAAGCCACUCUGGAGCAACUUCUAAGUGGAAAGAAGUCAGUGGAUGAGGUGGCUGUGGACAUCCAGGUCAAUCUGAAAGGCACUGGAGUGAUUUCUGGCAUGACAACUGGUGCUCAUGGGAAGAUACCAUUCACUGAAGCCAAAAACAAGGACCUCCUCAGCCCGGAGAGUGCUCUUAUGCUUCUCGAAGCACAAGCUGCUACGGGCUACAUAGUGGACCCAGCCUUUAAUGAAAGAAUGCCUGUGGAUACUGCCUGCUCCAGAGGAAUUGUGGACACAGAAGACAGAGACACUCUGGUUGCUGCCGAAGCAGCAAGUUUGGGCUUCAAAGAUCCAUAUACUGGCAAAGUCCUGUCUGUUGGCCAGGCUUGUAAACAGGGACGCGUAGAUAAAGACACGGCUGUUAGAUUGCUUCAGGCGCAAGACUCUGUUGGAGGCAUUUUGGACCCCGUUCUGAGCGUCUUCCUUCCCAAAGAUCUGGCCUUAGAUCGGAAUCUUAUAAAUGAAGACCUCUACAGGGCUCUAAAUAAAAAACCCACCUGCUACCUGGACCCUGCCACAGGAGAGAAGGUAACAUACAGUGAACUCAGGAAGAAGUGUAUCGUGGAACACGUUAAUGGUUUGCUGCUGCUCCGUGGUCCAGAAACGCCCAUGACAGUAAAGGGUCUCCGUGGAGAAGUCUCUAUCACAGACCUGGUCAAGUCUGAACUUUUGGAUCCAUCUGACUUGGAGAAAAUUAAACAAGGCCAGCUCACCAGUAAAGACAUUGAAGACAGGCUGAAGUCAUACCUGUACGGCUCUUCCUGUAUUGCAGGUAUCUAUGACGAAGCCAAUGAUCGAAUCCUGCCAUUUUAUCAGGCCAUGAAGGAAGGUCUUAUGAUGCGAGGAACCACCCUGGAGCUUUUGGAGGCACAAGCCGCAUCUGGUUUCAUUGUGGAUCCAGUCAACAAUAACUUCCUAACAGUCGAAGAAGCAGCGAAGAGGUGCUUGAUUGGAAAGGAGUUCAAGAAUAAACUGAUGUCUGCAGAGAAGGCAGUAACUGGAUACAAAGACCCAGCCACAGGAAAGACAAUCUCCCUUUUCCAGGCUAUUGAGAAAGAUCUUAUUGAGAAAGGUCAUGGAAUCCGUCUGCUCGAGGCACAGAUUGCCAGCGGUGGCAUUAUUGACCCCAAAGAGAGCCACCGCAUUGAUGUGGCUGUUGCAUAUAAGAGAGGGUAUUUUGAUGAAGAGAUGAAUGAGAUCCUUACCUAUGAAGGAGAUGACACAAAAGGGUUCUUUGAUCCCAACACCAAAGAAAACCUGACAUACCUCCAGCUGAAAGACAGGUGCAUUACCGAUUCAAAAACAGGCCUCAUUCUUCUGCCACUUAGAGACAAGAACAAGCCUGAGAAGUCCCAAGAGAGCCGAACCAAUGUUCUCCGCAAGAGACGGGUUGUGAUUGUGGACCCAGACACUGGACUGGAGAUGUCAGUGAGGGAGGCCUAUCACAAAGAGCUGAUCGAUUACGACACCUUCCUGGACCUGUCAGAGCAAGAGUGUGAGUGGGAGGAAAUAACCAUCCAAGGGUCAGAUGGCUCCUCACGUCUGGUGAUAGUGGACCGGAAAACAGGGACAAAGUAUGACAUCCAGGACUGCCUGGAGCGUGGAAUAAUUGACCAGAAAAAUUACGAUCAGUAUCGUGGCGGCUCCCUCACCUUGACCCAGUUUGCCGACCAAAUUAUCAGCAACACCCACAGCACAGAUAUGGCCAUCUCAGCCACCAAUGUAGAUGACAUGAUCACCUGCAGCAGCCCCACCAAUGCUGCACCUUCCUCUCCCACGGUCCGUAGACGCAUCAGCAGUAUUUCUAUCACUGUCUCACCCCCUGAGAUGUUUGACGACCAGAGCCCUGUGGCAGCCAUAUUUGACACUGAGACUUUGGAGAAGAUAACAAUUUCUGAAGGUCUUCGAAGAGGAAUUGUUGACACUAUUACUGCACAAAGGUUGCUUGAGGCACAGUCUUGCACAGGUGGUAUUAUCAACCCCGCCACCGGUGAGAGAUUAUCCUUGCAGGAUGCCGCCAAGCAGGGCAUUAUUGAGGACAGCAUGGCGAAUAAGCUCAAACCUGCUCAGAAAGCCUACAUUGGGUUUGAGGACGUGAAGUCCAAAAGAAAAAUGUCUGCAGCAGAAGCAGUCAAGGAGACAUGGCUGCCCUACGAGGCAGGUCAGCGAUUUCUGGAGUUCCAGUACCUGACAGGAGGCCUGAUUGAGCCCGGCAGUGGACAUCGCAUUACCAUAGAAGAGGCUAUCCGCAAAGGAUGGCUGGACGGUCAAGCAGCACUGAAGCUUCAGGACACAAAGACCCAUCAGAAGAAUCUGACCUGCCCCAAGACAAAACUGAAGAUCUCUUACAAGGAAGCCAUGGACGGCUGCAUGGUGGAGGAAAGCAAUGGUAUGAAGCUGCUGCAGGCCUCCUCAGUGUCCUCCAAGGGAAUCAGCAGCCCUUACAACGUCUCUAACCCUGGAUCUCGCUCUGGAUCCAGGUCUGGUUCUCGUGCUGGGUCUCGUAGAGGAAGUGUGGAUUAUUCCUCUGCCUACACCUACAGCUUCUCUUCCAGCAGUUCUACUUACAAUAGCAGCUCCAUCUCUUAAUAAGCAAUAGUAAUUAGAUAAGUAAUUAGAUUCAUUAGUAGCAGAUCCUGUGCAAUUACAUGUUAAACUGCUUUUAUAACGUUUUUUUCUGUUUUUAGUAGAUAUAGGGAGAGUUUUUUGAUUGUAGAAUCAAAUUCAUUUAAGUGUAUUGAUUGAUUGUAGAUCAAUGGUGCUUUUGGUUUUUAAAUUUAAUGCUCCAUAUAACCCACACGCUCUUGUUUGAUUGCCCACAUGAAUAGAAUGUAACACUGGUAUAUUUCAACAGGGUUGUUAGACACUGCCCUCAAAUUACUUGGUUGUAUUUUUAUUUUUACCGUAGUUUAGCUCUAGUCACAUCACUCUAGCUGGAUUUUUUUAGUCUUUACUGAUUAAAAUGUGGAGAUUGUAGCUGGUUAUAUAAUAAUGUGAUUACAUGUUGUUUUAUCAUUAAACUGUUAUUAAAGCAAAUAAAAAAAAAA